UCCCCAAAUAAAACCCUCUCUUUUUGAGAAAGAGAAAACAGAACAACCGAGAAGAAUGGAGAUUCGAGUAAGAUGCAACUGCGGAGAAGAUAAAGAAGAAGGAAGAUGCAAAGAAUGGGCCAUCGUUGAACUCCAAGGCGUCGUCGAACCCCAACCAGGUUUCCAUGACUCCCUCCCAAACCUUCAAAUCGGAACUCUCUGCCGUCCUUCUUCUCAGGAAGUGUAUACUUUGACUAUUGGGUAUCACGAGCUGACUGGGUCAAAGGUUCCUCUGAAGAAGCCAAUGAUGGUGCUCAAGAAAGUGAAGCACUCUCCCAUUGAUAGAGGAGAAAGCAGCGGUUGUGGUGAGAUUGAGCUUCAAGUUGUUGGAAUCAUUCGACAUAAGAUCCUGUUCAAGAACAGACCUAAAGCCCUCAUUUCUAAACCACAGCCAACAUCAAAGGAAAGACAAAAGUCUAUCAUGUUGGGUUCUGUUCCUUCAAAUCAAGCUUUGUGACAUUCUAAGUCAUUUUCACACUGAAAUCACAUUAGACCAGAAAGCUGUGAGGAACUUGAAAGAGACCCUUAUCAUCAUCCUCUUCUUAUUAUCAUAGUUUUAUAAUUAUGAUAAUUUAGAAGCCAAAAAUCAUCUGAGUCCAUCUGUCAUUGAUUCACAUUUGUAAUCUUAGUGACCACAGAUAUGUGGAACACCAAUAAUGGCAAAAGUGAUUGUGAUUUAUCAUUAUUGGCAAUUUGUCAUUAUCUUUACUAUUUUGUUUUGAUGUAAAUAUAUGACUUAAAACUUAAAUGAUAAAAGCUUGG